CGAGCGUUCCUCGAGCCCCACGCGGCUGCGGCCCCGGCGGCGGCGGGCCUCGGAGCCGGCGUGGCCAUGGCGACCGGCGCUCAGCAGAAGGAGAACACGCUGCUCCACCUCUUCGCCGGCGGGUGUGGGGGUACAGUUGGUGCUAUUUUUACUUGUCCACUAGAAGUCAUUAAGACGAGGUUGCAGUCUUCAAGACUGGCUCUUCGGACAGUCUAUUACCCUCAGGUUCAUCUGGGGACCAUUAGUGGAGCUGGAAUGGUGAGACCAACAUCCGUGACACCUGGACUCUUACAGGUUCUGAAGUCAAUCUUGGAGAAGGAGGGACCAAAGUCACUUUUUAGAGGCUUGGGUCCAAAUUUGGUUGGAGUUGCACCAUCAAGGGCUGUGUACUUUGCAUGUUACUCCAAAGCCAAAGAGCAAUUUAAUGGCAUGUUUGUGCCUGAUAGCAAUAUUGUGCAUAUUUUCUCAGCUGGCUCUGCAGCUUUUGUCACAAAUUCCUUAAUGAAUCCAAUAUGGAUGGUUAAAACCCGGAUGCAGCUAGAACGGAGAGUGAGAGGUUCCAAGCAGAUGAAUACACUUCAGUGUGCACGCUAUGUUUACCAGACAGAGGGCAUUCGUGGCUUCUAUAGAGGAUUAACGGCCUCAUAUGCUGGAAUCUCAGAAACCAUCAUCUGUUUUGCUAUUUAUGAAAGUUUAAAGAAGUAUCUGAAAGGAGCUCCGUUAGCCUCUUCUACAAAUGGGACUGAGAAAAAUUCCACAAAUUUUUUUGGACUUAUGGCAGCUGCUGCUGUUUCUAAGGGGUGUGCCUCCUGUAUUGCUUAUCCACACGAAGUCAUAAGGACGCGACUCCGUGAGGAAGGCACCAAGUACAAGUCUUUCAUCCAGACCGCACGCCUCGUGUUUCGGGAAGAAGGUUACCUUGCCUUCUAUAGAGGACUCUUUGCCCAGCUCAUCAGGCAGAUACCAAAUACUGCCAUUGUGCUGUCUACCUAUGAGUUAAUUGUGUACCUGUUAGAAGACCGUGCUCAGUAACAGGCCAGAAAAUUGUGCUCUAGAAGAAUAAAACUGAGAAACUCUAGAGAAUUUUUUUUUUCCAUUGAUGUUUAGAAUGUUUGAAACAGGAAAGGCCAUAAAAGAACUGACUCAUAUCACCUGUUGGACAUUUUCCUUUUGGAUUCAUGCUUUCUGGAAGGUUCUAAUUUGUUAACGUUGAGUUAAUUAUAACUUUUUUUUUUUUUUAACUUAAGAGGAUUCAGGAUUAAGCAGCAACUAAAUUAAAUCAUGCUAUUUAACUUAAGUAUAAAUUUGGCUUGUGUCCUCUUUUAUGAUCACUGUCCUGUAAAAUACAGCUAAAGACUUCAGUAUUUCAUGCGGUCACUGUACUGUAAAAUACAGCUAAGGAGUUCACUGUUUCAGGCAACAUGCGGAGAAAAACUCUAAAGUCUGACUUGUUUCCAAAUCCGAAUUUAAGACCUCACACUGCUGUACGAGUAAGAAGUGUCACACUUUGGUGGUACCGUGUGGACCAGGACAGAGUCCCAAGCUAUUUUCCUCCUUUGUACAUUUCAAAUUCUUUGUAUCAAUUAUAACCUAAGCUUUCAGGCUGCUGAGAUGAAAAAAUACGUACAGUUUUCUGGCACUAUAUGUUUUAAACUGUAUACAUUUUCCUGAAAUUGUCCUAUUAUCCCCCAUUUGAACCAAAGGAAAAAUUUUAAAGAAUGGUUUAUCAAUUCCAUCCAAGGUCUCCCUUCACCCCUAUUCUUGGAUCUUUGCUACUACAGAAAGGGAGCUCAAACGCAGGAUGGAUCGCCCACCCCCGGCUAGCUCACUUUCAUUCUGACAGGAGGCGCUUCAUGGCGUUUAAAUACCAUAGUUCACGGUAAAAAUUUAAAAAAUCCCAGAAGUAAGAAGUUGCCAGAAUUUUACCCCUUUGUUUUAAUGGAAAUUCAACAAGGAAAACAAAAGAUUAAUAAGACAGAAGGCAGAUAAAGUUGAUAAUCUCCCGUUGGUUCUUCCAUUGGAAUUUGAAUAUAGCGACAUUAAGGUUAUUUUUCAAUCUGGAUGUAUAGAAGGACACUUACUUCUACUUCCCGAUGCACUGUCGUUUCAGAUUCAGCCGCAGUUACUCUGACUGGGGUGAGAGGAGGAUAUUUUCAAAUUGUGUUAGAGUUUAAUUUUGUUCACCUUUAUAGUCAUAAAGGAGGUUAGUUGAUGUUCCUGAGCCUUCUAGCAUAAGCGGCUUCAACAGCUAUCUAGAAGUCAAAAUGAGUGCUGUAAUCAAGCUCCGGUGCUUCUAAAAUGCAUGAUAGUAAAGUGAUAUCCAUUCCAAAAACUCGGUUUUAACUCUGAUAGUGGCAUGUGGCAACAUCCUCCUAUUUUAACAUUCAGAUUAAAACCUGAAUUUUUCCUCAGAUUUUGAUCCAAUAUGAAGGUUAAACAUUAAGUGUGACAUAAAUGGUCAAGCACUCAACUGCUAGCCGAAAGGAUGAAGGUUUGAACCCACUCAUAGGCUCCUCAGAAGACAGACCUGGCGACCUGCUUCCAAAAGGUCAUAGCCUUGAAAACCGUAUGAGCGGUUUUAUUCUGCACACGUGGGGUCACCAUGAGUUGGAAUCUACUCGACCACAACUAACAAUAACUAUUUGCUUUUUGGAUGUGAAGAUUAUUUAGAAAUAAUUUCCAUUUAUACAAACUUGAAUUAACAAUUUGAUGUUGAUCUAGUAUAAUUUAGGUCUCCACUUGCUUUUCCUGCACCAGGGCAUUAAAAUUAAAUUUCAGCACGGAAAGUGGGAAGAGAACAAAAAGGAAAUGAUGCGUCCUCUGUGAAGAAGCUUGUUGGAUUUUUAAAUAGGAAGUAUUGUUUGAGCUGUUGUUGGAGAAAUCCCAUUGUUUAUUUCUCUCUUCUCCACAAGCUUAGUCAUUGGGAUUUCAUUUUUUUUAAGUCAUGUAAAGCUUUAAAAAACCUCAUUGCAUAUCCAGUGUGUGCCAGGCACUUGGAGGGUAUUAAAUUUUUUUCUUCUUUAAAUUCUGACAAUUUUGUAAAGCAGGUAUUAUUGCCACCCACGUUUUGCAAACGAGAGGCUCAGGGUGGGGGACUUAGGUGAUUUGCUUGUGGUCGUGCAGGUGGUAAGUGGUAAGCUGACCCAAAGGAGACUUACACGCUACCUGUGGAAGAAACCCGUUAAGAGGCAGAGGGGUAUUUGAGCCUAUGGCAUGGCCCAUCAUUUUACUGAAGGACUACAAAUCCACAGGCGUUCUCUCUGAUCAAGGUGAGCAUGAACUAACGCAUGUGGCAACUGCGUGCAAGCUUUGUCUGCAGAGAUCAGAGGCCUUUCCCUGCGCAGGACAUCGUGCAGACAUGGAAUCUUGCUUGGAAAGAGAAUGAUACUUAAGACACAAUGCUACACGUCUGAGACAAGUGAUGCUGGUUAUUCUAUUUGUGUGCUGGCGGCUGGUGAAAGCAGUAGGAGGGCAGAGAAAAGCCUUUGCUCUGAUACCCACUUCCAAGGUGGGUGGCUGCCCUGACUAACCUCCCCAGGUUUCAAGCUUGCUCCCUCUGAUGCCUCCAUCAUCCAGCCUAGUGAAUGCAUGUGACAGAACAAUGGGGCAUCAGGAAACAAAGGUAGCAUUUGCCCCCAAGUCUAAAAUUUAUCACUAUCCACAAAGAACUUCAAUGAUGAGCUCAAAACACUGGAAGAGUUGUAGGAACAUUGAAAACAUGUAUUGUGUAAUUAAAUACAAAUAUUUCCUACCAUUAUGUUUUUAUUUUUUAAUUACAAAAGCUAUUUAGUUCAAACCAAUGAUACUGACAGUUGCAUAAAGUUAAUCUCCCCUCACCCCCCUUCCCCCCCCCAAAUAACC